AUGGCCUCGUCAUCCGCAGCGGCGGCCUCGUUGCUGCGCCGCCAGCUCAAGGAGAUGCAGACGGGGAAGGACAUCCCCGGCAUCUCAUGCGGUCUGGUCAAUGACAACAACAUCUUCGAGUGGGAGGUCAUGCUCAUGAUCAGCGACGACUGCAAGUACUACGGUGGAGGAAACUUCCGCGCCCGCCUCACCUUCCCGCAGACCUACCCCCUGAUGCCGCCGUCCCUCACCUUCCAGACCCCAAUCCCGUUCCACCCGAAUAUCUACUCGGACGGCCGGCUGUGCAUCUCGAUCCUGCACCCGCCGGAGGAGGACCAGUACGGCUACGAGGCGGCCUCAGAGCGGUGGAGCCCCGUGCAGAGCCCCGAGACUAUUCUGCUGAGCACAAUCAGUCUGUUCCACGGGCCCAACGACGAGUCGCCGGCCAAUGUUGAGGCUGCGCGCAUGUUUCGUGAGGAGAGGGAGGGCAAGAAUAAGGAUUUCCGCAGGAGGUGUCGGGCUUGUGUGCGGGAGAGUCUGGGUGAGGACUGA